CUAAAAUUCCGCCUUUCCCACUCAAUUCAGUAUCUCCCGAUUGGAAGAAAACAUGGCUCUGAAAUAUCAUUCUAAGGCUGCCUCCAUUGGUGUUGUUAGGUCAGCCGAUUAUAAGAAGAAGACAGCAAAUUGUAUCAUGAUGAUGAGAUCAUCUCCAAAUAGUAAUAAGAAGGUUACUAUGGUUGCGGCCUUCAACGGCUCCAAUUCUUCCUCCAACAAGGGAGUCAUCAAGUUCAAAUCUCCUCGUCAUAACCAUUGUGCACAGUUGACACAUUCAAUGCCACCCGAAAAGCUGGAGAUAUUCAAAUCUCUGGAAACCUGGGCUGACAAAAACAUACUUGUACACCUGAAGUCCGUUGAGAAAUGUUGGCAGCCUCAGGAUUUUCUUCCGGACCCAAAAUCGGAUGGAUUUUAUGAUGAAAUAAAGGAACUAAGAGAAAGAUGUAAAGAAAUCCCAGAUGAAUAUUUGGUUGUUUUGGUGGGAGAUAUGAUCACAGAAGAAGCACUUCCGACUUACCAAACAAUACUCACUACACUUGAUGGUGUCAAAGAUGAAACUGGUGUGAAUUCAAGUCCAUGGGCUGUCUGGACAAGAGCAUGGAGUGGAGAAGAGAAUAGACAUGGAGACCUUCUUAACAAGUAUUUGUACUUGUCUGGACGUGUAGAUAUGAAGCAGAUUGAAAAGACAAUCCAGUAUCUCAUUGGGAAUGGAAUGAACCCGCAGAUGGAAAACAACCCUUACCUAGGGUUCAUUUACACAGCCUUCCAAGAGAGAGCAACUUUCAUUUCUCAUGGAAAUACAGCUAGGCUUGCCAAGGCUCACGGUGACAUUAAACUCGCACAAAUAUGUGGUACAAUUGCUGCAGACGAGAAACGCCAUGAAGUUGCUUACACCAAAAUCAUUCAGAAGUUAUUUGAGAUUGAUCCCGAUGAAACUGUCUUAGCUUUUGCUGACAUGAUGAAGAAGAAGAUAACAAUGCCUGCGCAUUUGAUGUUUGAUGGACAAGACGACAACUUAUUCGAGAACUACUCUGAUGUAGCUCAAAGGCUUGGCGUUUACACGGCUAAAGACUAUGCAGAGAUUCUAGAGUUGCUGGUGUCAAAAUGGAAGGUUGAGAAACUUACUAAUCUUUCUGCAGAAGGUAGGAAAGCUCAGGAUUAUGUUUGCAGUUUGGCUAAGAGAAUUAGACGGUUAGAUGAAAGAUCCCAAAUACUGAGACAUGGUAAGAAAGCACAAACACAUCGUUUUAGUUGGGUUUUUAACAAGGAAGUGCAACUCUAGCCAUUUGAAGCUAUGCGGUAAUUAAGAAUAAAAUUCACAGUGUUCACGGCCUGUGAGUCGAUAUACUUCAUUAUAUUCUUGAACUCGGUGUUCUCCUUUGAUGUCGGGUUAACCCGGUCAAAUCAUUGUCUGUGGAAAACGAUUCAUUUGAAUGCAUCUUAAUAAGUGGUUAAGGCUUUGAUUAGCAACCAUGCAUGACAGAACUUGUUAGGUCUGUUGCAGUGCUUGAUUGAAGCUCUCCUUUAUUUGAGUUUUUGUUUCUAGAAGCUAGCAAAGUACUUUUGUUUGUGUGAGGUUAACAACUGUUGGGAGGAAUAACACCCACCCACCCGUGACGGUGUGAGUCCGGAAACUUUUGAGUAAAAC